GAGUUUGGCGCGCAGUCGAGUUGCGAUACUCGUACCGGUCUAUCAUACGUUCGUAACGCGUUUAUGAUUGUAACGCGCAUCACUAUUGCCUCUAGUGUUCGAAAUAUGAAUAUUUAAAAAAGAAUUAAAGAGUUUAUAGUGUCGCAUUUAUUAUAAUUAUGAAUAAGUUUUUUUUUUUUUUUACACAUUUGAAAGUUGUUAGUUAAAAUCUGUUUUGUAUUCAAUAAAUGUUAUAAAAACGGGUUCUUUAUAGUGUCGUGUGUCAGUGUUUAUUCGUUUUAAAGAUUUAAUUCGAUUUAUAAUUAUUGUGAAUGACUUUGAUGUCAGAGUGAAAUAGCAAUUAGGAAUUUUGGCGGCUUUUUUUCUUGGCAACAAUUACGCUUUUCAUUCUACAAUUGGAUUUGGAUUGUUUAAGAAUGUGUUCAACUAUCAUCAGCGGCGGUCACCGUCGCUAGUAUUAAAAUGCGUUCCCUAUUAGCGUAUUACGCUGACGCAGUGAUGUCGGCAGCGGCUCGUGGAGCGGGCUGCGCGCUUGGCUGCAGUGGACGUGGUGACUGCAUGAACGGCACCUGUCUCUGUGAGAUACGUUACUCGGGAGACGAGUGCGCUGGACCAAAUCUGCCUUAUCAUGCUUGCAUCGGCGGAGUGUUCCUCCUGGUCGCGUUCGUCUGCGCGGUGCAACUCACGAUAUGCGUCGUCACGGAGUACAGGCGGCUCAAGGCGCCCACCUUCCUCAGGGCUUGCAAAGUUACAACGCAGAAGAUGCUUUAUCUUGUUGCAUUCCUCGCGUCUCUAAUCCGCGGCGCGUAUUUCGUUUCGCCGUCUGCAUUCCAAGAGGGUUGGGCGACUAGUCUUCUGUCAGCUUACUAUCCUCUGAUGAUGUCUGGAUCAUCGCUCAUCGUCUGCUUCUGGGCAGAGGUUUUCCAUCUCCGCGACAUCCGUUGGGAGAGACCGAGGUUCAUCUCGAAGUCGUUCCUAGCGUUCGUGACGUUCAACGUUAUCAGCUACUCGUUGCUGGCGGCGGAGGUGCUGACCACUAACAUAGCCGAUACAUCCGCUGAGAAAAAGAGUUUCUAUCAGCAUGUCUUCAACGGUUGCUAUGCGGUGCUUCUAUUCAUAGUGGUUAUAUUCUUCCUCAUAUACGGAGUUGAAGUAUACUUUAAGCUUCGAGGAGAAUUCCUAAGGGAAACGAAGGUAUGCACUAUCAUAUCGCCUCGACCUGGUCCGUCCACGGCCGCCGAGGGGGAUGAUGUGCAGGACACGCUCGUUACUAAACAGGGUAUACAAACAGAUCUUGCCGAUUCCGACGGCUCCGUGGAUCCAAGAUCAGUGAAUCACUCCCAGCUGCAUCAGUCACGCGUCGGCCUGGUCAGCCAGGCGCUGAUGCUUAUCCUCAUCGCUGGUUUCCUGGCUUCGGAAACUCUAAGCGAAUUCUGGAAGACCAAAGUGCCAGUCGUAUCUCGGAACUGGCACGACGUGGUGUUCCGCCUGGCCGAGAUCGGUGUCGCGCUAUGGUUCCCCUGCGUGCUCUGGAACUGCAUGGCGCCCGAGCGGCUCUGGUUGCUCAACCCGCGACGGUUGCUCGCGCGGCAGCUCGACGAGUCUCGACUAUCGGACCUGCUCGCGCACAAGUUACCCUCGGAUAGCAAGAAUGUGGAAACCGAUUCGCUCGUGGGCAGCGUCGGCUCGAGUCGCGACUGCUGGAUCUGCUACGACAGCUCGAGACCGGAGCCGCUCAUCACGCCGUGCCGCUGCACCGGCGACGUGGCCGCCGUGCACCACGACUGCUUGAGGAGGUGGCUCGUGGAGAGUGCCGCGAGUCCCGAUGGCUUAAAAUGCAAAGUUUGCAACACUCCAUAUAUAGUGCAGGAAACGAACAGGGUGGAGUGGCAGCGCGGGUUCACGUGCGGCGCGUGGCUGCGCACGGGGCUGAGCGUGGCGUGCGUGUGCGGCGCGGCGGGCGGCGCGUGGGUGUUGGUGCAGCUGUUCCCGUCGCCCGUGCCGCGCGUGCUGGCCGCCGGCGCCGCGCUGCUCGUGUGCUACGUGGCCGUGCGGUUCCUAGGCAUGAACACGGUGACGGCGUACCAGCGAGCGAAGGUAUCUUCGUUGAAGAUCCUCACCGACCCGGUGGAUCUGAUGUCCGACCAGAGCCAGCUGUCCACUAUCAGCAGGACGGUCACCGUCGAAAUAGCAUCGAAGGCGAUCCUCGAUCAGGCGUUAAAGGGCGAUGUCAAGUAGCUCCGGGAAGUUGAUGCUGCGAUGGUUAAAAAGUUACUCUUUACUGUCCUCUGUGUGUGUCAAUACAUCGAUCGAACUAUAAGUACAGUGAAAAUUAGUGUGAAUUUUGUUUAAAGCGGUAAAAAUGAAAUGUCAACAAAGUACGCCUUAAAAAUUUACAAAACUUCGAACUGUCAAAUUUAAUUACUAAACUGAUUAAAAAAAAAAGUGGUGAUUGUUGAAAAGAGCGAUGCAAGAACAGUUACUGGCUAUUAACGAUGUACCGUUGGAGUAAUAAGUGUUGUGAUGUGUUUGUAUCAAGUACAAAGGAUGACGUCAAUUGUUAUUAAAUAGACGCAUCUGAGGAUAAUAUAUUUUUUAUAGAUUACGUCCCAGUUAUAUCUAGAAAUUAUAUCGCCUUGAUAUGGAAUGUUCUAGAAGGAUACGUUUGUUGCCAAAUUUCAAUAGACUUCGUAUUUUAAUGUAAUUUUUAAAAGUAAAUUCCAACGGCAGGACUAAUAAAAAUAAACAAACCUCAGAUUUUCGUAUCCCAUAACAAUUUGUUAAUAACUAUUUAUUAUGAACUAAACUAAUUAGUAUGAACUAAACACAGUUCUUGAUUAAAAUACCUUUAUAUAUAAUACACUUAACUACUUAUGUUUUUUUUUAUGUUACUCACAAAGUUCUAAUAAGAACUUCACCGACUUUAAAAAAACGCCAUUUUUUCACGAAUCCAUAACUACCAUAGAUUUAGAUCUCGAUCAAUAAUAUCAUAUCAAUUCAAGGUCUGAGUUUGUUUAUUUAACUUUACUCCUGCUAUUUGAUUCGAAUAUAUUGAACUAUGCGUUCUUGAAGCUUGUACAAUUGUACGUUAUUUCGUUCUAAGCUAUUAUUUUUUGGUUGAACGUGUAUGUCACUUUUUCGUUAUACGUUAUAUUGAAAAUAAUUAAUUUAAUAUAUUUUCAAUAUAACGUAGUAGAAAAUACAUUUUGAAUGUUCUUCGAUUUUUUCAUGAAAGUUAUAUAUUAAAAGUUUUGUACAUCUCUUGUCGAAGUGUAAGUUAAAAGAUCUCGAAGUCAUUAUUGAAUGUCGAAAAACUAUUUUAAGCAAAUUUAAUUGCAUCUUAUUGUUAUGUUUAGCUUUCCAACGAAUAAAACACAGUAAUUAUUUACAAGUGGCGAAUAAAUUACUACGCAUCUAAAACACGUAUAGUUUGAAAUUGUUUUAUUGAAUAAAAUAUGUUUUUUUUUUCUAAACUAUGCUCAGAUUAAAGUUUUGACAUUUAAAUAACGAACGAAUAUUUAACUGAAAUAUGUAACACAAACGUAAUCGAGUAUCCUAGUAAACAUAUAUUAAUUCCAAUUUUCGUCGUCCUGCAGACAAAAUAUCUUUAACGCAUUUUUAUAUAAUACAAAAACUUUAUACGCCAUCAAGUGUAUUCCUUAAACAAGAUGGCCGUCAUUGUUUCCCGAAGUUCUCGUAAUCACCGAUAGAUGGCGUUAAACACAUGCAAACUUUUUGCACAUAAUAUAAAAAACGAUUCCUAUCAAAUAAAUGUAUGGGAAGGACUUAUAAUAAUAAAUUUGUUCUGCAGGACAACGAUGUUCUUUUGUUAUUAUAAAGACAUUCUUCAAUGUGAUAAUAUAAUAUAUGUAUAAUAAUUGAGAAUAAUUUACAAUAAAAACCAUAUCAUUGAAUGUUUUAAACUUAAUAUGUAAUAUAUAUCCGUAUAAUCUACGGGAUAAAAUGGCAAUAAUCAUAUUCUAUCUGAAUACUUAGUUUAUUUAUAAACAUAUCCCUAUAUUGACGGCCUUUUAAAUUAAUAUAAGGUAAUUUCAAAAUUGAUAUUCUCACUUCGAUUUGGAGCACAUCUUGUACCUUUUAAAGUCAUCCGUAAUAUUUUCUACGAGAUGCCGUAGAAAAUAAUUAUAUGAAUCAUUGUAUUGUAUGUAUGAGAUAUACAAAUAUUUGUCUCUAUAAAUAUAAUAUACUAUCCGUUAUUAAUUAAAUUUAAGUAAAUAUUUACCAUAGAUAGAAUGGACUAAAUAUUACCAUCGAGCUAUGUAAUAAAAACAAGAAAUUUAUUAGAGUUAACCGUGUGACCAGUCUGCAGAUUCUUUCUGUCACUGUAUACAGAUUGGUCAAUUUUGUUAGUCUAUUCUUGUCUAUGGUUACUGGAAAUUUUUAUACCUACCGUCAUCACAUGAAACGUAGUUAGUUGUUUUAAAGUAUCCACGGUUUUUUGUUUUUUUUUUUCUAUUAUAAUGUAUAUUAAAAAAUAAUUUUUAAAGAGGCUCGUAAUUAUAUUGAAUACAAAUUAGAAUUAAAUUACAUUUAAUGAAACAUUUAUUUUAAAUCUUUAAUAUAAUAAUAUAAUUAUUUGAUUAUUAUCGGCCUUAUUUAUAAACGUUGCUUAGCGGCGGUUUAGUUAAACACUGAUUUCUUUCUCUUUCUGUCAUUAUUGAUUUGACAUUCGAAAGAAGAAGACGACGAAUGAGCAACGCUUAUUAUUAAGGACGUUAAUUAAUAAAUGACUUAUAAAAUAAUUUGCAAAUUAGAUAUGGUAUAUUUGUGCCACAAACAUCGGUGCCAAUUAAUUGAAAUAUAUUUAUAAGGUUCAAAUACUAAAGGUUUACAGUAUAAACGCAUUUAAUAAAGUCAAUUUAAAUAUAAUGUUACAAUAAAUAAAGAAUAGUUAUAAAAUUGUCUUUGAAUAAUUUGUAGAACUUAAAGACAGUAAGCGAAGAAUUAAAUCUUGGAAAUUGUCUAUGGUUAUGUUAUGUAAUUCAUACUCACAUUAAAAACAAUAGUAUAGUUCCUUUAAUCGUGUUUACUAACAAGGCACUGAAUUUAAAACGUAAUUACACAAAUAUACCCAUUUUCGUGCAAAUUAUAGCCAAUUCCAUUUAAAAGAAAAUUUUGCAUUUUCCGCCUUAAGUAAUCUUCUUUUGUUAUAUCGUAAAGAUACUGUAAAUCGUAAAUAAUUAAAAAUAAUAAUUAAUUUAUUAAUAAUUAAAAAUAAUUUCAUUUGGAAUAGUAUUUAUUAAAAUGAUAACGAACUGUUUUCUUGUUGUCUUGGCGCCAUUUUUUUAUGUUCUAGAUAUUCUAUAAUCUGUGCAGUGUCGUAGGAUGUACAGUAAACUCUCGAUUAUCUGUGGAUUGGAUUGCGCGGCAACCGCUAAAACCUGAAAUAUGCCAAGAAUAAAGACAAAAUUGUUUAAUUACAACAAUUUCAAUUUUAAACAAAUGUAAUCGGCUUAACACGCAUUAUAAUUACAAAUAUAAUAGUAAUUAAAAUACAAUUAUUCUAUAAAAUACUUGAAACAAAAGUCCGUGUUAAUAAUUCGCCCGCGGAUAUCCGAGAGCUUAUUAUUACUUAUCUAUAUUAUUUUUUAUAUGAAAAAUCACUAAAAUGCAAUUGUCAAAAGAUUGUUGUAAAAAUAUUAUGUAAUAGGAAUACGUAUGUAUAAUAAUGGUAUAUAAAAAUAUCGUAAGUUGCAAUAAUCAUCUUGUUUAAAAGUAUUUCGAUUUCUAUUCUUUUAAAUGAUUGGAAAUAAUGUAUAUAAUAUAAGAAUUUCAAAUGUUUCUGUUUAUUUGGACUGUCUCGACGAUUCAAAAAUAAAUUUGUUCAACAGUA